AUGCCUUAUAACAUUGCUAUGGUCAGUGAUUUCUUCUUUCCUCAAUCAGGGGGAAUCGAGAGUCACAUCUACCAAUUGUCCUCCAAAUUAAUCGAUCGUGGACACAAAGUGAUCAUCAUCACUCACGCAUACAAAGGCCGGACAGGGGUGCGCUACCUCACCAAUGGCUUAAAGAUCUACCAUGUCCCCUUCUUCGUCGUUUACCGCGAGACGACUUUCCCUACCGUCUUUUCAUUCUUUCCCAUCUUCCGCAACAUUGUUAUUCGGGAACAAAUUGAGAUUGUCCACGGCCAUGCCAGUCUCAGUAGCUUCUGUGGAGAAGCUAUUCUUCAUGCGCGGACAAUGGGUCUGCGAACUGUCUUUACAGACCACUCUCUCUUUGGAUUUGCCGAUGCAGCUUCAAUCCUUACCAACAAGUUACUCAAGUUUACUCUCAGCGAUGUCGAUCAUGCGAUCUGCGUCAGCCAUACAUGUUCUUCGAGCCUCAUUAGAUCCUUUGAUGGUAUCCGUCAUUCCCAAUGCCGUCGUUGCAGAGAAUUUCCGUCCAUUAUCAUACACCCCCGAGCCCUCGACCAAAUCCCAACCUCCCCCGCCGAUACACGACUUUCCCCAACACCAAUUGGGCCCGACGACACCAUUACGAUCGUGGUGAUCUCCCGUCUCUUCUACAACAAGGGCACAGAUCUUUUGAUCGCGGCGAUUCCGCGAAUUCUUGCUUCCAACCCGAACACACGCUUCAUCAUUGCGGGCUCCGGGCCCAAGGCGAUCGACCUAGAACAGAUGCUGGAACGGAAUGUGCUCCAGGAUAAAGUUGAAAUGCUUGGCUCGGUUAGACACGAAGAGGUGCGAGAUGUUAUGGUUCGAGGCCAUAUUUAUCUUCAUCCCAGUUUGACAGAGGCAUUCGGUACGGUUAUUGUCGAAGCCGCGAGCUGCGGGUUGUAUGUGGUUUGCACCAGAGUUGGUGGUAUUCCCGAGGUUCUACCCCAACACAUGACCACGUUCGCUAAACCAGAGGAGGAUGAUCUGGUUGUUGCAACCAGCAAGGCUAUCGCCGCUUUGCGCUCGAACAAAGUGCGAACAGACCGUUUCCAUGAUCAGGUCAAGAUGAUGUACUCUUGGCGAGACGUGGCUCAGCGCACUGAGCGGGUCUACCAAGGCAUUACCGGCGAUAUCAGCCCGGAAGAGUUCUACGGCUACUACCCUGGUCAGGGGUGGGAAGCCAGUGGAGAUCGAGUACGCAGCUUCGCACUGAUUGACCGUUUGAAACGGUACUACGGCUGCGGUGUCUGGGCAGGCAAAUUGUUUUGUCUAUGCGUGGUCAUUGACUUUUUGAUUUAUGUCUUCCUCGAGAUGUGGUUUCCCCGGGCGAACAUCGACAUUGCCAGAAGCUGGCCAAAGAAAAAGCCAGCAGAAAAAUCUCGUGUAUCGACUACCGCCCAGAGUAGUCGGUGA